AUGCGGAGCGCGCACUACCUCUUCCCGUUGUAUCUGGACCCGGAGGACGCGUUGGCUGCAGACGCGCGCGAGUCGCUACAUCCAGUAACUUGUGACUCCACGCAAGUAUGUCAUUCCUACGAUUCGCAGCGGUUGGCAGCGCUCAUUCGCACCGCCACCACCGAUGGACUCGGGGAACACUGCGGGUCAGCAGACGAGGCGACUGGGAUCGACGCGGACACGUUGAACUCGCUGCCCAAGUGGGCGCAAGCGGUCGUACAGACCGGCUGUUUCAAUGGCGAUGAGGCUCAUGGUGUAAAGCGAAUCUCGGAAACACAGCAGGAACUAGACUCUGGGCGGUCUCGAAAGAGACGGUCAACUGACUCUGCAAAGCAUGAAAGUCUGAUCCAGAAUGAAGCUGAUGAAGUGCCGUCUGGCGUGGAUGAGGUACACGCCGGAGUAAAGCUGGAUGUGGACAUGGACGACGAAGAAAAAUUGGCGACGCUCUUUACUCAAGCGGAGAUUGCGGCGGAUAACAUUGAUAAGUAUGCGUCAGUGCUGGAAAGUCUGGCUUAUAAUGCGACAUGUCGCCAGCAGCACGAAAGCUUUGACAGGGAUGGCAUGAUUUUGUUUGAGCCUGAGGAAGUCAAGAUGCUUUUGCAGUCACUUCGAGCAAUGGAAAAGAACGAAUGGAUUGACAAGCUGGAACCGCAAUUGCUCAUCUCGUUGAUGAACGCGUUUGACGUCCAGGUGAAGAUGGGAUUAGCAGUGGAUGUGCUGAGAGAUGCUUUUCCUAGCAUUGAGAAGGGAAAGCCACUGCCUGAGAAGAUUGAUGAUGGGCUUGUUUCACGACUUCUCGCGUCCCUUGAUGUUGGAAUUUGCGAGCUCAUUGUGAUGACAACGCCUCAUAUUGACCGGCGCGUUCUUUCGGAGGAUGUAAUUGACAAUUGCUUCCAACUUCUAUAUCAUACCAUUCGUCAGUUGCUACUUCCGUGUAUUGACACCACCCAUGUCACUACCGCUUCCGCGCCGAUAGUAAAAGACAAUGCUCGACGGCAGUCAACCGGGUGUAAAAGCUCGAAAUCUUCCCGAGUAAACCUACAGACACGCAGAGACAUUCGCAAAACUGUCGACAGAGUUUCCCACGUCGUGUGUGAGUACAUGGACCAAGUUGCUGCGUUAAUCUUGAGUCUAAAGCUCUCGGAUCGGUGGAUACUUUCUCUAUCUUGCUCGAUGAUCGAACUGUUUUCCUUAGAACACAGCUCCUAUGCAACAUCGCUGCAACACAGUGCUCUUUCGAUUCUGCGAAGCAUCUUCGUACGCUAUAAGCAUCACCAGAAGUCGUUGCUUGGUGAUGUAGUCGAGGUUAUGAUCAAGCUUCCCACGGCUAAACGUACACUUCGCACGGUCAAGCUGCUGGAUUCGACGAACCUCGUGCAGCAAGUUUCAACACUUGCAGUUUCGAUGAUACAAGCGACCGCUUCUGCCUUUAUACCUAUGGUGAAAAACGACAAUAUUUAUUCGCGCCCAGACUUGGUUAAAUCUCCUUCAGCGACGGACACUGCCUCUGGAGAUAAAGGCGAACAGGAUCACGAUGCGGUAGAAGGAACGCUAGCGGAAACAAUGAACAAUGCGCGGUCAUUUGUCCAGAAGUUACUCAGAGCAUGCUGGAAGAAAGUGGAAGAGCGUGAUAACCGCGUGGUCUUGGACAAUUUUGUUGAAGACCUUCUUGUUAUGUUUGUACGCCCAGAAUGGAUAGGAGCAGAAUACCUCCUUGAGGCAUUGAGUUCCUCGUUGGCGAGUGUCCUGCAUGCAAGUAUCUUGAAGAACACAAACAAACCGGAUUCACAUCAAACUGUUGCUGCGCUUAACACAGUUGGGAAGAUUUGUGCGUCAAUCAGGCGCUACCAAAUCAAGGCUAGCCAGAGUACGAUGAAAGAAGAUAGUGACUCUGUUGCUGUCAUUGAAGAGCAUGCAAACAGUUUGUAUGCGUCGAUAGCUGGUGCAGAAAUGACUUCCAAACAUGUGCUUAAAGAUGCCAGCUACGACUUGUACUAUCAAAUGGCGCUGAAGCGUAUUACUCUGAUGUACCUUCAGCGAAAUAGCCUUAUUCGUGGAGAUGCAACAAACUUGCUGACCACAAAAUUUAUCGCGGAAACAGGUGGUCAUUGGGACACUGCCGGGUCGAUGUGUGCGGAACGAGAAAUAAAUUUGUGGAAGUCAUUUUGGGAUGUGUCGAAGGGCGGCAUUGACGCAAAGAUCAAGGUGGCUAUUCCUACAAAUGAGUUGGCGCUAAAGGCAUGUUUGUGUCUUGUCGUCAAACGUGGGUUUUGUGGUCUAUUCGACCGCUUGCUGGCGCAUAUCAUGGCUCUGCUUUCUAAAGGAAUACCAAGCCUGCGAGCUCGAGUCAUGAAAUGUUUGCGAGCUAUUGUCGACGUCGAUCCUAUGCUUAUGGCAGAAGCUGGUGUACAGCUAGCUGUACAGAAGUGUUGUUCAGACGAAAAGCCAUCAGUUCGUGAAGCAGCGGUCGAACUGGUCGGGACCUACAUCUGGCUGCAGCCUCUAUUAUUUGACAAGUAUUUCGACGUACUUGCUGCGAGAGCUCGCGACAAAGGCAUCAAAGUUCGGAAAAGUGUUUGCAAGAUAUUCAAGCUAGCUUUGUCGUGUGAUGUACGAACAGGCUUAGAGCUUCGCCGGAAAAGUGAUUGCAUGCGGUGUUUGGUUGAACGUGUCGGAGAUGCGGCUGAAGAUCAGGGCGUCAAGAAUUUUAUCAUCGAUACAUUCCAAGAAGUGUGGUUUGGAGCUGAGCUAUCGUCCUCGAGACUUACGAAUCAUUUUAAUGAAUUUUGCGAUAUGACAACACUGCCGCCCGGAUGGAAGCCUGUCGCAGCACAGACUAAUGAUAAGUCUGAUGCCGGUUCGCUCUUGGAUGGAAGCGCGACGUUUGUUUCAGAAGAUGGGAUCAUUGUCAACUCAAUCGAAGACGCAUGGUCUUCGUAUCACACUCCUAUGGUGACACCAGCUAGCGUAGUAAAAGGCAAUGACUCAAAGCUAGAUAACAGUUCUGAAGUCGUCACAACCAUCGUUGAAGUUGUUCACGGUAUGCCAAACUUAACUUGGUUUACUAAACUCUUGAAGAGGCUGCUGGAGGCACACAAUAGCAUCUCUCGCAAAACUGCAGCAAGAGGCAGUCAGAGUCGAUCUGCUGAAAUUGCGUUGGCUGAGGAUCGCUCCAAACGGAUAAUUUCCCGUCUGGUGGACUGUCUUAUGGACAUACAAGAAGGCACACUUCUCAGCGGCGUUUCGAUACAGGACGGUUAUCACCAGUUUUUGUCGUGCAUGACGGCCCUUGCUGCUUUUUGUGAAGUGAAACCUCAACUCCUGGUUCCACACCUCGAAACCAUCCGUGUAUACCUGAAGGAAGAAGACGCUAAGAUUCAAAAGUUGUCUGUUUCAAUGAUCGACAACAUUUUGAGCGUGAAGAGAGUUCCGCAGUCCAUCGCCGAAAGGUUGGAAGAUGACCUGAAGGCUCUCGUGCUACGCUCUCCUCCGAGUGUUGUUGGUCCGAGUAUCAAGUGUCUUGCAACUCUAUCAAAAAGACGAUAUACUGCGCGAGUACUCUUGCUUCGGCUGCUGGAACGAUUUUAUCUCAAUAUGCGCAAUUACGGACAACAGACUACUCUUUCUAAUCUGCUAGAAAGAGAUCAUGUUCUCCAGCGGGCACUGUAUGCAGCGGGGAAAAUUGUUGGCGCCAUGAACAUUGAUGAGUGUCUAGAUCUUUCCAAGGAGACAAAAGUACUGGAGGUUGGAACAAUCACAGUGUCGCUAUAUGAGUUGUAUAGCCAAUUUGUUCGCAUGCCAGGCAACGAAUCAUGUGCCGCUAAAGCUGUGCAAGGCAUGGGUUUUCUUUUUUCGAUCCGACCUCGUUUGUUCCUCCGGGCACAACAAGAUGAAUUGCUUGACUUUAUGUUGAAAUCUAAUUUACUGAAGGUAAAGUUGCAAUGCCUGGUAAGCAUGAAAGAGCUGUUGCUCUACGAAGAGCGGCGUUUGGAAAAUGGGCAGGCGGCACAAAUGAUGAAUCAAUCGAAAAGUAAGGAGCAGCAAGUUCAAGGGGAUCAGGAAGCUGACGCCUCCUUGAUAGGCAACAUCAUGCAAGCGGAACUGGAAAACAUAUUGCGGCUAUCAAUGCAGCACGCGCCACAACUUCGAAUUCAGGCCGUCGCAUGUGUCGGUGCCUUACUCACGCAAGGAUUGGUGAACCCGUUGCAGUGCAUUCCAAAUUUAGUGGCACUAGAGACCGAUCGUGUCCCGGAUGUUCGAGAUGCAGCUUUCGCACAGCUGACAACACUAUACGAAAAGUUCCAGAGUCAAAUUCACACACCACUGAUCAAGGGUAUCCGAGAAUCGUAUGCGUUCCAGCUCAGCGUGUAUGGCAACUGCUCAGCGCUGGGAAGCGUUGCAAACGAAAAGGACUUUUGUCUGUUUGGACGGCUAUACAUGAACUUUCUGAAGUCGACCAAAUCGCGCGAAUCGCUUUUUUUAAAGGCCCUUGUCGAUCAGUUUCACGAUCAGGGAACCGUGCUCAAGCCGUUGAACAACGAUAUGGCUGCUGGUAGCAGCAAGGAAGCUUCCGUGAGUGCUCUUAAAUAUCUGUGCUAUCUCGCGCAAAUUAUUUCGACGCUACCGUACGAUGUGGAGGACGAACCGCUGUAUGUUAUUUAUCUGAUUAAUCGCUAUGUCAGUCUUCGACUCGGUCAUGUGCUAGAAGAUCUCAAAGGUGCCUUUGCGAAGGCAGGUAUGGCACCCGAACAACUGGAAGACGAAGAUUCGGAUCUCUCGAUGAUAAAUGUUGCUGAAUUUCGGCCAUUAUGCCCGCUGGGAACCUCAGCGUUGUCGGCUCUCGAAAAGAACGGCCGCAUUGCAUUCGCGAUUGCGCUGCUGCUUCGUCUGAAGUUCGCACUUAAGAACAACUACCAGCUGGACGAUGAGAGGUGUGCUACGUUUAAACCAUCCAUCUCAGAGGUUCUAGUCGAGGCGAGGGAACGAUCUCCCAAAAAGCUCUUGCUUCCUUCAGUCGAUGACUUAUGCCGAAACGACGAUGCUAUUGAGUCGAGUUGGAAUCUGUUUAUGAUUGCUUGGCGCGCUGCGUGCAAGGACCAGAAGCAAUUGGAUAUGGAUAUGGAAGAUAAUCUGAAGAAGCCGAAGACUCCAUCGACGCGACGGCGUCGUUCCCACAAAGUCGUUGCCAGUAAGCUGCACCAGGGAUCCGAAAGUGAUGGCGACACUGCAGACGGAUACAUCGAAGGUUUUGCGUGA